AUGGGGUCCCUAAUCAGUCUGCAAUUACUGCAAUUAUCCAUUAUAUGUUUCUGUAUACAUACUUUCUUACAGAAAGCAGCCAAGUAUCCCACAGAUAUUGAGAUAGGAGCAAGGAAAUGGGUAGAGCAGGUUGUAGGAGAACCACUCAAGGACCAGGAGAUUGGAUCGCAUCACUUCGCAGAAUCACUCAAGUCUGGUGUAGUAUUGUGCAAAUUGAUCAACAAACUCUUAGCUCAUUUUGGCAGUCCUCAAAUUAAGAAGAUCAACACUUCUGCCAUGGCAUUCAUGCAGAUGGAGAAUAUUGGUAACUUUGUGAAAUUUGCAGAGCAAUUUGGCGUUCCCAAAGAAUCCCUCUUCCAGACAGUGGAUCUCUAUGAAGAACGAGAUGUUGGCAUGGUGGUGAUGUGUCUGGAUCGACUGGGCGGAGUCGCUAGAAAGAAAGGGUACCCCAUCCAGUGGGGAAUCGCUGUCGCCGAUCCCAACAAGAGAGAAUUCACCAAGGAACAGUUGGAGGCAGGCAAGAAUAUCAUUGGUCUCCAGGCCGGCACCAACAAGGGAGCCAACCAAUCAGGAAUCAGCUUCGGCAGCCAAAGAAAAAUGUGAACCAAUCAGGAAUCGGCUUCGGCAGCCAAAGGAGAUUGUGACCGAUUCCGAGACGUACGCACUUGUUAAAGACAUUGCUAGUGUCGAUUAGGCAUUUCCUGUAUUAAAGGAGACGGUCGUCUGCAUAGAGCUGGAAAGACGUUGAUAUUUGGGCAAAGAUAUGUGGUCUGAACUCGUGGAAGUUGUCAAUCAUGACCCUUGCUGUAAGACUAAUAGAUGGACUGUCUUGUAUAUGUAUUAUAUCCCACCUGGAUGUCCUCACAAAACAACAAUUUUGAUUUACUUAUUUUCUCACACUCCACAAAAGCAUACCUCUUGAGCAAAUGAAAACAUAAUGACAAAAUUUACUUUUAUGUAUUACGAAGAAAUAAAGCAAUGUGAAAUAUUAGGAAUCUAUUCUAAAGCAUAGUUUGUAAACAUAGGUUCCCAGAGUAUCCAACACAAUGUCCGACUCUACAAAAUUACAUUCAUUCCAAAAGUCACCUCUUCAGUUGAUAAUAUUUCAAACUGCUUUUGAUAUUUAUUUCAAAAAAUGUUUUGGAUACCUCUAGUAUUUUGGCCUGUUUGAUUUUUUGUAUUAAAAUAUGAUGCAUAUAUUGUAAGAGUCUUAUGGACUUCAUCUUCAAAGAGACUUCCACUUGUAAAGUAAGAGGCUAUAUGCAAACACAAACAUCAUUACUCUUAUUGAUGCUACUUUCUUGUUCUAUCAUUAUGGAGGGGGGUGGGACUUGUCCAGCUCUGAUUCUGGGAUCAUUAUUGUAAAUAUAUUAUUAUCAUGAUUGUAAUAUUGUGGCCUGAUUGAACUUUGAAUAAUGAGAUGACUUGAUGAUAUUUUAUUGGAAGCUAGUAAUAAUUUAGUCUGAAAUUAAUUUAUUAUGAGAGAGUUACUGGCAAGGUGCCGGAUAUGUAUCGUGAAAUUUCUAACGGACUAAACUGAAUAGAAAAAAAAUUGUACCAUUCUUCACAUACAACCAAUAAACCUUUUUGAUGUGCCAUUACAUUCAAAUUUGAUUUUUUUUUCCAUGAAAUCUCGUUCUGACAUUUCCAUGCCGACACAUUCCCAUAAUCCUCUAUUCCAAAUGUGAUAAAAGUGAGAUUUGAAUUGUACAGCUGUAAAUAAAUGUGAUGAAUUCCGUGGUACAUAUAAAAUUCCUUUACACUUUGCUUUUAACCUUCACCAUAUAGCGCACAUUGAAAACGCAUGCUGACUUGUUCAAUGAAACAUUAUAUAUGUAGUGUAGAUUGUAUAGGAUAGUAUGAACUAUAUUUAUGUUUGUCAUUCCAGAUAUUCCAUCUCCAACUCAGUUUUUAUACAUGUGUGUAGCUUUAUACAACAUAUUUGUGUGGUUUGCCCAACACUAUAGUUCAUAAUAAUAGCAACAAUUCUAUGUUUACUUUGGCAUUAUUACUAUCUACGCAUUAAUAUUUUCAACAGAAAGAUUUAUAUUUCAUUUCAAAGUGAUGUGCACAUCACAAAACAAAUCUUAACAUUAUUGUUUUUUAAUAUUUAUUGCACAUUAGUUUUAGAGGCUGAUGGCAAAACAAGGUAACAUACAGAGAUAAUAACAGUAUUAUGCAUAAAUCAAAAUUUUACAUUCUGUGUGAUUGCAUCUCAACUAAGGCUUCAAAAGUCUACCAAUUUUAAAAGAGUACCAAAAUGUCUGUAAUUAAUUUGGCAUGUGAAUUACGCAGUAAUAAUAGAAUGUUUUGUCUUCCGUUCAAUUAUUUGUGAUAGAUAUAUAUUUAUGCUAAUUUUAUUUCCAUGUAGGUGCUAUUUAGUAAACUUGCUGAAUUAAAUGAUUUGUCAAAAGCACAGAAA